AUGUGUAUUACGAUGAAGAAAAAAAUAGCUCAGCAGUACAAAGACAUUGUUCAAGAGUUACGUAAACCAAUUCUCAUCCGUGCAGGGUCAACAGUGUAUGAAUGGAAGGAAGGCCUAGUACAAGGAUAUAAAUAUUCACCAGCACUCUCUGAACUUUAUUAUUCAUAUUUGGAUGCGAUAUACUUUUCAGAUCACAUGGAAAUCAAAGAAAAUGAUAUAAAAUUAUUUACAAGAGUUGUUGAUGAUUAUUUAUAUAUUACAGAUUCAUUGGAGAAUGCAAUGUCGUUUAUAGCCGCAUUGACAAACUACAGAAAUGUUAAUUAUGACAAGACUGUGGUUAAUUUCUCUCAUGAUACUAUAAAGUAUAAUGAAGAGAUAAUAUUCUUGGGAUAUUGUUACAAUACAUGUACUAUGCAAGUUAGCAGAGCAAAUAAUAUAUAUGCAGGACAAAUGUGCUAUAAAAUAGCUUUUACAGUGGGAUUGUCAGAUUUACCCAGGUUUAUUGAAAGCCGUAUUGGCCAGUCAAGCAUACCAAUAAACAGCCACAUUUUUAAUUUACAGUAUAAUAAUGAAGAGCUUAUUUGGAGGCAUAUAUUUACUACCUUUUGUCUAUCAGCAAAUAAACUUUGCACUAUUUUGGCUAUACUAUGUGAAGAGAGGGAAAUGGAAGUACUUUUGAUACCCUACAAAAAGAAGGUUACUGUAAAAUUGACUAACACUAUACUUGAAACACUAACAAGGAAUAAACCAGAAGAUCUGAUAUUUAUAUACUGCAUUAAUCAUUUUAGAUACUUGGCAUGGCUUGCUUUGUCUUUGUGUGCAAAGAGAACUCCAAAAUGUAGUGGACUUGUUCCACUUAUAAACAAUCAAUUGGCCAAAAAUAAUUGCAUAUUUGGAAAAUGGAGGGAACAUGCAAGCAGAAUAAGUAAAACUGGCGAAUGUCUCAGAAAAGCAACAAAAGAAGUAUGUAGAAGAAACGAUUUGCGUGUGACAUUUAGAGAUUUUGAGACACUACCAUUAGGAUUUGAAUGUUAUCAUCAUAGAAAAUUAAAAUAA